UCCGUUACUUGACAAUUGAAAUUUUGCAUGCAAUUUUAAACUUACCUAUAAAUUAUACAAGCCAUGCCCAUAAUUCAUCAUCCCAUAAUUCCAUAUACAAAAAGCCUAAUAAGAAAAUUAAAUUUUCCCAAAGCAUGGGGGAAACAAAACCAACACUUAUGUUUUUUAUCUGCAUGUUUUGCAUGGUGAUCUCAUUGCCACCCAUAUGCACUUCACAAUUGUCUAAUCCAAGCUUUAAUUCUCAAUCGCCUAUGGUGCCUUCCACAAUAAUGCCACCAGCCACACCUCAUCCUCCAAGCAUACUAAGAACUCUUGGCACACCAGGAAAAGAUGGAGCUCCAGGAGUUGAUGGUACACCAGGAAAAGAUGGUGUACCAGGACAACGUGGUACACCGGGAACUCGGGGCACUUUUGGAAAACGUGGCACACCUGGAACUUCGGGUGGUACCCCAGGUACUCCUGGAACACCAGGAACACCUGGAACCCCGGGAACUCCUGGCACACCACGACGGACUCAUAUCACACCACGACCUCCUAUUAUACCAAAAACUCGCGGCUCUCAUGGGACACCAGGAAAAGAUGGUGCUCCAGGAAUAGAUGGCACACUAGGAAAAGAUGGUGCACCAGGAGAACGUGGCACACCUGGAACUCGUGGCACUUUUGGACAACGUGGUACACCGGGAAUUUUAGGUGGCACAACAGGAACUCCAGGGACACCUGGAACUCCUGGAACACCGGGAACUCCUGGUACUCCAAGACCCCGUGGAACAUCACAAGAUUAUGUCCCUCUAAUCACUCAACAAACCAUAAGCAUUAAUGGAGCUCCAGGCACACCUGGAACGCCAGGAAUUCCUGGCACACCGGGGGUACCUGGAACACCAGGACGUGGUCCUUGUGGUACACCAGGAACUCCUGGUACACCAGCAACUCCUAGCACCCCUGGAACACCGGGAACUCCCGGAUCUCCAACCACUCCAGGCACACCGGGUACACCAGGAGCUCCUGGUACACUGGGUGCUUCUGGCACACCAGGAGUACCGGGUCCUCCUCGCUAAAGGUAAAAUUAAACAUGUAAUCAUAGAGAACAAGGUUAUGCUUCUAUUUAAAUAUAUAAGUGGCAAAGGUGAUGUGUCUCCUCCUCGAAAAGGUGGAAGGGCUCUAUCGAGAAGAGGUGACAAAGGAUUCAUCAAAUCAAUCUACCAAGUUGGGGCCGUGAAUAACUUCAUCACUUAUCAACUCCACAAACUAGGGUUAUGUUUUAAUAAUGUGCUAGAUUUCUAGGAGGUUUGGUGCACGUUGCUUGGGUUAGGCAAUCAAAUAAAGAAUGGUUAUGCUUCAAUGUGCUAGAUUGCUAGGAAGUUUUUGCGCAUGUUGUUUAUUGGGUUAGGCGAUCAAAUAAAAAAAUAAGUAACAAUCAUUAUUUAAGGCUUUAUAAACGGUCUGUUUUAUGUCUAUGCAAAGAUUGCACAUUGAUAAGGCUUCUGUAUGUAUUUUUGUGUUGUAUUACCAAAUAAACGGUUUGUUUUAUGUUUAAUUUCUAUGUUUUUUGAG